AUGAGCAACAAGAGUUUAAAUACAGUUACAAUCAAAGUGAUUGUAUUUGGUGAGGAUAACUCACUGUCAGUCGACUUAGCGUUGGACAAGACCGUCGGCGAUUUAAAACAAGCGAUCAGUCAGUCACAUCAAUCGAAACCGGAUCCAACCACCCAAAAACUUAUAUUCUCUGGAAAGUGUUUGGAUGACACUCAUCUGUUAUCAAACGUAUUCAAGCAACGUGAUUUAACAUCUGCACAGCCAGUUCAUUUAAUACUUCGCAAACCAUUACCAUCGUCUUCAAACACUCCACAAUUUCUCUCAACCAACAACAACACUUUCACCCGAACAUCUACAUCCCCUCCAACAAACAACAAUAAUCUAGAUUAUAAUAACAAUGCAGUAAAUACAUCUUCAUCUUCAUCUUCAUCAUCAUCUUCUUCUUCUACUUCUACCUCAUCUACUUCUACAUCUUCAGCUUUACCAACAACAACAACAACAACUUCCACAACUUUAUUACCAAACAAUAUCAUUAACAACAAUAAUAAUAAUAAUAAUAUAACAAAUUCAUUUACUUCAAAUACAACAAAAAUACCACCAACAACUACAACUACAACUACAACAAGUAGUGCAUCGUUUGCAGUUCCUUUCAACUUUAGAAAUGUUAAUAUACAAAUGCCACAUACAAUGACAUCUGGAAUGUUACUUCCAAACUCUUUGUCUAGUAACAGUAGCAAUAGUAACUCACCUCUAUUCAGCGGUGCAAAUGGACAACCUUUUAACAACAACAACAACUUGAUUUCGGGAAAUAAUAAUUUCUCAUUGUACGGUCCACCACCAGCUUCUCUCUAUCCACGUAGUAGAAUCUAUGGUACCAGUGACAACUCUGGAGCAACAACAGUAGACUCUACAAUGACAGACAACACCUUGAUUCAAGUGAUCAUCGAUAAUCUCAAUGUUACAAACCAAUUGCUACAACAACUCAUGUUACAACAACAGUUAAACACCGCCAUCAAUGCUGUGGUAGCUGCACGAACCGCUGUACAUCAUCAUCAUCACGUUGCCGGCGCUGCACAACAAGCUCCUGCUGCUGCCGCCGCCCCGGUUCCACCCAUCCAAGUGCGUGCAGUCGUUCGCAGAAGAAUCAACUGGGGUGCACUUUUCAAUUGGCUCUUCAAAAUCGUACUACUCUGUAUCUUCCUCAAAGGUGGUUCGAUCGAGAGAUCUCUUACUCUCAUGGGUAUAGCUGCUGUCGUUCUACUCUAUCAAUACUUUGCAAAUAGACCUGGUGUACCACCACCAAGACAACAACAACAACAACAACCACCAGUUAUACCACCAAACAACAACAACAACAAUAAUAAUAAUAACAAUAAUCAACAAGCAAAUAAUAAUGAGAAUAAUAAUAAUAAUGAAAAUAAUAAUAAUGAAAAUAAUAAUAAUGAACAAGUAAAUAAUAAUAAUAAUAAUAACAAUGAAAAUGUACAACAACAAGCACCAGUAGUAGCACAACCAAGAAAUACAGAUUUAAUAUCAGAGAUACUUAGUUUCUUCUUGCCAUUACUCUAUUCUUUAGUACCAAAUUGGAGACCUCAGGAAAAUCAUCAACCUCAGAUUAUCAAUGAAAACAAUAAUAAUAAUGACAAUAAUGAAAACAACAAUAAUGAUGAUAAUAACAAUAACAUUCAACAACCAAAUAAUAAUAAUCAUAAUAAUAAUAAUAAUAAUAAUAAUAAUGAACAACCUGUAGUCGAAGAAGAUCUUGUAGAAUAA